AUGGCUCGGUCCAAGGUAAACACAAGCGUGAUUGGUCGUCAACCUUGGUGGAAGGAAGCCACGAUCUACCAGAUCUAUCCCGCUUCCUUCAACGAUAGCAACAAUGAUGGCGUCGGUGACAUACCAGGGAUCACACAAAAGUUGGACUACAUCCAGUCAUUGGGAGUGGACGUGAUCUGGGUAUGCCCCAUGUACGCAAGCCCUCAGGUUGAUAUGGGGUACGACAUCUCCGAUUAUGAAGCCGUGUAUCCACCUUAUGGUACACUCGAAGACAUGAACACCUUGAUCCGAGAGGUGCACGUCCGCGGCAUGAAAAUCAUCCUCGACCUCGUCAUCAACCACACCUCAGAUCAGCACAAAUGGUUCCAAGAAUCACGCUCGUCCAAAACAAACCCCAAACGUGACUGGUAUAUUUGGAGGCCGGCGAAGUACGACAGUAAUGGCACCCGCCAGCCACCGAACAACUGGCGAAGCAACUUUGGAGGCUCUGUCUGGCAAUGGGAUGGGUUGACCGAGGAAUAUUACCUACAUCUAUUUUGUCCAGAGCAACCGGACAUCAACUUCGAAUGCGACGCCGCUCGUCAGGCCGUGUAUCAGAGUGCGAUGAUCUCUUGGCUCGAGAGAGGUGUUGAUGGGUUCAGAAUUGAUACCGUCAACAUGUAUAGCAAGCCACCUGGAUUACCCGAUGCGCCUGUUAAGGAUGUAACAACACCAUGGCAGGAUGCUGGUUUAGUGUACUGCAACGGACCACGCAUGGACGAGUACUUAGGCGAGAUGAACGCCAUCUUAUCUCGUUACGACGCGAUGAGCGUUGGCGAAUGCCCGAAUACCCCUGAUCCUGCAAGAGUCAUCGGCUACGUCAGUGCAAAGGCAGCUAAACUGAAUAUGGUGUUCCAGUUCGACUCUGUGGAUGUUGGUAUCGGUAAGAUUUCGAGAUACGCCACCGCACCUUUCAACUAUACUCUAGGGGAUAUCAAGAGUGCGAUAUGUCGUACGCAGAGCCUAAUCGGAGAGACCGACGCAUGGACGACCAGUUUCAUCGAGAACCAUGAUCAAGCGCGCAGUAUAUCCCGCUUCGGAGACGAUUCGCCUCGCUGGAGAACCCGCUCGGGCAAGAUGCUAGCGAUGUUGUUUGCGUCCUUGUCAGGUACCCUGUUCAUAUACCAGGGUCAGGAAAUUGGAAUGAUCAACAUGCCAGUCGACUGGCCGAUCGAGGAAUACAAGGACGUCGACUCGAUGAACUGCUAUGCCGAAGCCUUGCAGAAGCACGGACAAGACUUGACAGCCCUGGCACAUACCAGGGCAGCUCUUCAGCACCUCUCUCGCGACCAUGCUCGUACCCCGAUGCAGUGGACGUCGCGUGUCAAUGCGGACUUCACAGGCGAAGAUGUCACGCCUUGGAUGAGAGUCAACACUAGCGCGCAAGACGGUAUCAAUGUCUCUGAUGAGUUGGAUGACGAAUCGUCAGUCUUGAACCUUUGGCGAGGCAUGCUUGAGCUUCGCCAGAAGUUCUCGGGUGAACUCAUCCACGGUACUUUCGAGAUGGUUGAUCAGUCCAACCCAGACGUCCUGUCGUUUGUAAAGACGAGUCGUGAGACCGGGUCUAAGAUACUGGUUGUUUGCAAUUUCUCCGACAGCGACAGUAGAUUGCCGCUCCUCAAGAGUCUGAACAUGUCUCAGGCAGAGCUGUUAUGUGACAAUAUACCCGAGGUGGACACCCCGAGGAAAGAAGCACGAAACGAUUCGGAAGCAUCUUUGCUGCAGCCAUGGGAGAGCAGAGCCUAUUUAUUCUGUUCGUGA